UAACAGAGAUUUAUUAAAAUGGUGUCAACGAAUUAUUGAAGAUUUUGACCUUACAUCAACAAAAGCAUCUUUAGCAGUUUUUCAGGAUGCAAUAGAUUGUUUUUGUAAACAUAUAUCAUCUACAUAUGAACGUGUAAAUUUAGCAAAAUCUGUUGGCACAAAAUUAAAUCUUACUGAAGCAAAGAUUGAGUACUUUUGUACAAAAUAUAAGCCAGAAAUCUCUAUUUCAUCAGAUAUAGUUAAAAUAGGAAGAGUAACUUUGAUGAAACGAAAACAAAAUACUAUCUCUGAGAAAAGGUGUUCAAAAACAGUGUACGCCCAUACUCGUCAAUCAUUAGCACUUUUGGAAUCAGUUGCAGUUGCUGUUAAAAACUCUGAACCUGUUCUUCUUGUUGGUGAAACUGGUACUGGAAAAACAUCAGUUGUUCAAUAUCUUGCUGAUUUAUUAGGCCAUAAACUUACUGUAAUUAAUAUGAAUCAGCAAAGUGAUAGUGUGGAUCUUUUAGGAGGGUAUAAGCCAGUUAAACUGAAAUCCAUAAUAGCUCCAUUGCAUAAAGAAUACGAAGAAAUAUUUUGUCAAAGCUUUUCUCGUAUUCAGAAUAUCAAAUUUCUUGGUCAUAUUUCAAAAUGCUAUUCUUCUCAAAGGUGGCAAGAUAUGUUUAAAUUAAUGUUGCAUACUCAAAAGAAUGCUAUUGAGAAAUACAUGUCAGGUAGGAUAUAUAUGUAUAAGCCAGUUAAACUGAAAUCCAUAAUAGCUCCAUUGCAUAAAGAAUACGAAGAAAUAUUUUGUCAAAGCUUUUCUCGUAUUCAGAAUAUCAAAUUUCUUGGUUAUAUUUCAAAAUGCUAUUCUUCUCAAAGGUGGCAAGAUAUGUUUAAAUUAAUGUUGCAUACUCAAAAGAAUGCUAUUGAGAAAUACAUGUCAGGUAAAUCUAAUGAAGAUAAAGAAUGCUUAAUUGAAAGAUGGAAAAAAUUAGGAUAUAAAAUUCAUCAAUUACAAUCUCAAAUGAAACAUAUGGAAAAUACUCUGGCAUUUUCUUUUAUUGAAGGAAGUCUUGUCAAAGCAAUAAAAGAAGGAGAAUGGAUUCUUUUAGAUGAAAUUAAUCUUGCUGAAGCUGAAACCUUGGAAUGUUUUGGAGGUCUUUUAGAAAGUGCUUCCAGUUCAAUUACUUUAACUGAAAGAGGAAUGAACAAGGGAAGUCUUGUCAAAGCAAUAAAAGAAGGAGAAUGGAUUCUUUUAGAUGAAAUUAAUCUUGCUGAAGCUGAAACCUUGGAAUGUCUUGGAGGUCUUUUAGAAAGUGCUUCCAGUUCAAUUACUUUAACUGAAAGAGGGUAA